AUGUCUUCCUCAACUGAUCAAGUUGCCCCAAACUCCUAUCUACCAGUGCCCAACCCCACCACUCCGUAUUGGCGGACUGAUCUCCACCCUCUAGACUCGCACCAUUCAACCGAGGACCUACCCUCACAAGCCGACGUGGUCAUCAUCGGCGCCGGUAUCUCAGGCGUCUCAGUCGCAUACCAUCUAUCGCAAGGCGAGGGCAGUCCUCCCUCUAUCCUCCUCCUCGAGGCUCGUCAGGUGUGCUCCGGCGCCACGGGACGAAAUGGCGGCCACGCAAAAGUGAAGACGACAUCGAUUCUGGAACUUCUCGAGAAAGAUCAGACCGAAGAAGUAGAGAUUUUGACCGCCUUCGUCGGCGCGCACAUCGACGCGUACAAAGACGUCGUCGAGCGCGAGGGCCUGGACUGCGAGUUUGAGCUGCGUCGCAGCUACGACGUGUAUGCUAACGAGAAAGAUGCCGCGGCGCUGCGGAAGGCGUGGGGUGAAUACGCGGGACAGCCGUGGACGCGCUCGCGACAGCUGAUAGAUGCUGAUUUCGCGGAAAAUGUGUCGAAGGUAAUGGGCUCAACGACCGAUGGAUUCCCACACGGAGGCGAGGUGCCGGGGAGAAAGGGGCAGUGGAUUAUAGCAGGGUUUAAUGGUGGCGGUAUGACGAUGAGCUUCUUGCUUGGAAAAGGGGUUGCGCAGAUGGUGCGGCAUGAUCUGCCCUUUGAAGAAAUCGAUCCUAUUGUUCCUCGAUUCUUCAAGACUACGGAAGCGAGGUUGGCAAUGUAA